AGAAUUCCUUGUCGAGUGGGCCGGCGCGGCCAGCAGCGGCAGCGGGGCCGCGGCGGCAGCCGGGCCGCGGCUGAGGUGCACCCGCGCCAGGGAGAAAGUGCAGAGGGGGCGACUUGCUGGGACCCUCCCGAAGAGAUCACGGAGGGCGAGAUCAUCUUCGGCGACGUAUUCUGCGGCACCAAAUUGCUGCAGGCACGGGAGACCUGCUACGUGAGCGUGCUCCACCGCGGCGUCAUCGCCAGGGCGUUCGAGGAGCUGCCAGAGGAACGGGCCGAGCUGCUGGACACGGUCGCGGGCGAGGGAACCAGGACCCCCAAGAACGUCAAGAUCCUCCGAGAUCGGUGCAUCUUCUCGGGAGCCUCCCCGGAGUUCAUCAAAACGCUGGAAGCGAAAGCGCAGG